GAGCUCGAACGAUACCCACCCGCAACCCAACCAACAAAAAAAAGGGAGAGAAAGAAAUGACCGACGUGAUGCUCCCGGAAGAGCUCCUCACAGCUCUGAACGAGCGAUUCCCCUGCCGUGCGCCCCAAAUCCGCCGUCUUGCAGCGCUAGUGGGAACUGACGAAACACCCAGCCCUCCCGCCUUGGUCCUCCACGGACUAGAAGCAACUGGGAAGACUACUAUCCUGCGCGCUUUCCUGGACAGAACUGAAGCUUCGUACACGUGGGUUGCCUGUCAUGAGUGCGUUACGGUGCGACAGCUGGUGGAGCGUAUCAGUGCGGGGGUUACGGAGAGUGUUGGGGGUGGUGAUGAUGCCGGACGGGCGGGAGAUGUGUGUGCUCUUGGAGUGAGGCUUUCUGUGGCGCUGAGCGGUGCUGAGCGGAAGCAUUUUUUGGUGCUGGAUCGUGUUGAUAGGACGAGGGAAGGGAGUAGUGUGCUGUUUGCUGCCCUGGGGAGGCUGGGAGAAAUGGUGUGUUCUCUUCAUAUCUGGCUGCUAUCUACGGUACUUUAGGCUAGGCAUGUACUAAUCCCCCACUGCGCAGAUCCCGAGCCUGACAGUGAUCUUUAUCCUCUCGGUACCAAGGCCUCGCUUCUUGAGCUCCGCAGAGCCCCCACACAUCCACUUUGCUCCCUACACGAAAGAAGAAAGCAUAAAGGUCCUUUCAAAGUAUGUCCGACGAAUACCCUUCCAGGACAUCGAGGAAUACACGGAAGAGGAUGCAAAGGAGGAACUCUACGUCUGGCAGAAGUUCUGCGGAACAGUGUGGGACUCACUGGCCAAGGGGACGGCCCGGGGCGUCGUGCAGUUCCGAGCCAUCGUCGAUGAUAUGUGGGAACCGUUCGUCAAGCCCAUUGCGGAGGGGAAGUAUGGGACGAGGAAUUACUCGAGUUUAUACCUUUUGCAUAAGGAUAUGUUCCGGCGGGAGACGGACGUCGUUGAUAUGGUGGUUCCAGCGGGGGCUGGGGAGAAGGCUGCUACUAAGAGUGAGUCCACUGGGAAUCCUCCAUGCGGUGAGGGAGCUAAAUGAGAAUCAGUACACGACCUCCCAUAUUACUCCAAAUUUCUCCUCUGCGCAGCAUAUCUGGCAUCAUACAACCCCGCUCGCCAAGACGCAACAUUCUUCAUGAAAAGCAACGACUUUGGCAGAAAAAAGCGACGGGGCGGUACCACCGGUCCCACCAAGCGUACUGCGAAAAACCGAAAAGUAUCCUCCCCCUCCUCCCCUCCUCCCAGGCUUAAACGACUGACACCACGCACCAUAGAUCCAUAGAAGGCUCCUCGGCCCCCAAGCCUUCCCACUAGAACGUCUUCAAGCGAUCUUUGCGGCAAUACUCCCACACAGGUUAUCCUCAUCUGCAGAUAUACAGACGCAGAUUGCAACAUUGACGAGCUUGAGAUUACUCACCAAGGCUUCGGCUACCGAUGUACUUGAGGCUAGCACCAAAUGGAGGGUCAAUGCUGGGUGGGAUUAUAUCAGACAUAUUGCUAGGAGUGUUAAGUUUGAUAUCGAGGAUUUUGUCGCAGAGUAGUGCUGUGUGUGUGGGGGCAAGGUAAGGAGAGGGGGAGGGGUAGUGGUGGGGGUGUUGGUUAAUAUUGCGGGAGGGAGUAGAGUCAAUUGCUAGUUUUCUUUCCCUUAUCCUUUUGGCUCUUGCGUCAUGGGUGGCUUCCUCUAUUAGUGUUAUCCGGGGAUGGGGAGGGGGGAGGACGCUCGAGCGAUUGGAGUGUCGGCCUUUUGUGGGGGUGUUUAAUAGAAACUUGCUGCACUGUAGACCAAGUAUGAAUGUAAAAGAUUCUGAU